AUGGAGUGGGAAUACGUUAGGCGCCUCCUCGCCCUCAUCGCCCUGAUUCUCAACUUGGCCCGCCUCCUCACCUAUAGCACUGUCGCGACAUGGGUCAAAAAGCGCCUCAAAAGCGCAUCGGUAUCCAUGCCGUGGAAUAUCCCUCCCGCACUGUUAGUGCUAUGGAGCGUUGUGUGGAUGUUCGCGCCCCGCCCCGGGCCGGAGCAAUACGUGUCUGUCAGCGACAAUCUCGAGGGGAAUGCGCCUUUGGAUAAUUUUCACAUAGACUUGAAUUUUGGGACGUAUCAGCUACAAGGGGCUGCCGAACCUCCACUCACAUGCUGGACCACCCGCCUGACAGACGAGGAGAUGGCCUGUAUUUACCCUUCUACCACUGACCAACCGUUGAGGUCGUUCAGUCUCGUCCCCAUGGAGUACCGAGAACCUGCCAGCUACUCCAUUCUACCUACCAAAGAUUCUCUCGGAGGAUUCUCAUCCCAGCCCUCGAUUAGCCCGUCUACCGAGCGGCAGGCCACCGCGGUAGCGCCGCCUCAGGCCCAGGUCAUCUCUCCGGGGAACUCCGCCGCAGUCGCGCCCCAUCAGACCCAGGCUAUCUCUUCAAGCAACUCCACCGCAAGUAAAGACUUCUCCUGCCCUCGAUGCGGUACACUAUUCGGGCGUCGCGACAAUAUGAGCCGGCACAUGAAAAACCCUGCCCUAGCAGGCUUGUAUCAACACCCACUAUAA